AUGCCAUCCGCUAAAGCCGCCGGCGACAAGCCGUCGGGGUCCGCCUCCGCCAUCGUCGCCGCCUCGACGAGCGGGUACCACAUCCUCAAGGUCGACGGUUACUCGCGCACCAAGGGCACUCCAAAUGGUGAGUUCCUUAAAUCUGGCCAAUUCACCGUCGGCGGCCAUCGCUGGCGCAUCUACUAUUAUCCCAAUGGCUUCAAAUCCGACUCAGCGGAUUACAUAUCCGUUUACCUCAUGCUCGAUGAAGAUGUAACCGAGGACGUGAAGGCGCAGUUCAAGAUUGAUUUCGUCAAGCUGGUUGAGAAGCAACCGUCGUGGACAUCCAGAACCUUAAUAAACUUCCCUAGUCGGCAAAUGUGGGGAUAUGCAACCUUUAUCAAAAGGGAGGAUUUUGAGAAGUCAGAGCAUCUCAAGCACGAUUCUUUCACAAUCAGGUGUGACGUUGCCGUUGUGCAGGACAUCUGCACCAAAGAGACCACCAAUCCAAAGUUUGUCUCUGUGCCCCCACCUGAACUGAACCAGCACCUCGGUGAGCUCCUCAAGACCGAGAAGGGUGCCGACGUUGUGUUUGAGGUAGGCGUUGAGACCAUUGCCGCACACAGGUGUGUGCUUGCGUCCAGAUCCCCAGUAUUCAGCGCGGAGCUCUUUGGUUUAAUGAAGGAGGGUGACACUGGCGGUGUCGUACGCAUAGAUGACAUGGAGGCACGGGUGUUCAAGGCAUUGCUCUACUUUGCCUACACAGACUCGUUGCUACAGACAGAGAAAGAAGAGGAAGAUGUCAUGUGCCAGCAUCUGCUCGUUGCGGCGGACAGGUAUAAUAUGCAGAGGCUAAAGCUGAUCUGCGAGGAAAAGUUAUGUGAGUACAUCGAUGUGGGCAGCGUUGCAACCAUCCUGGCGCUUGCUGAGCAGCACCACUGUGAUGGACUGAAGAAGGCAUGCUUUAAUUUUCUCAGUUGCCUGGCACAUCGGCGAGCAGUUGUGGCCACUAAUGGCUUCCAGCAUUUGUAUAAGAGCUGCCCUUCUCUUGUGACGGAGCUGAUUGCCAUGCCCUUGCCAUCUUAA